GAAGAUGCAGCUUCUGGAUGAAAACCAUCUCUUCAUCAAGUACACCAGCGAGGAUGUGGUGACGCUGCGGGUCACGGACCCGUCUCAGGCAUCCUUCUUUGUGGUGUAUAACAUGGUGACAACGGAGGUGAUCGCAGUGUUUGAGAAUACGUCAGAUGAGCUUCUGGAGCUCUUCGAGAACUUCUGUGACCUCUUCCGCAAUGCUACCCUGCACAGUGAAGUCCAGUUUCCUUGUUCAGCUUCUAGCAACAAUUUUGCCCGGCAGAUCCAGCGCCGGUUCAAAGAUACGAUUAUAAAUGCCAAGUAUGGAGGGCACACGGAGGCUGUGCGCCGGCUGCUAGGCCAGCUCCCCAUCAGUGCCCAGUCUUACAGUGGGAGCCCCUACCUGGAUUUGUCUCUCUUCAGCUACGAUGACAAGUGGGUGUCGGUCAUGGAGCGACCCAAGACUUGUGGAGAUCACCCGAUCAGGUUCUACGCCCGGGACUCUGGCUUGCUAAAGUUUGAGAUCCAGGCAGGCUUGCUGGGCCGCCCCAUCAACCACACGGUGCGUCGCCUCGUCGCCUUCACCUUCCACCCCUUUGAGCCGUUCGCCAUUUCGGUGCAGAGGACUAAUGCAGAGUACGUUGUCAACUUCCAUGUGCGGCACCGCUGCACCUCGGCGCCUCACCACAGCCGCGCUGGCCAGGACUUCACCCCUGCUUGACUCCAUGGACUCCAGAGCAGAAGCCUCUGGUUGCCAGCUUUGGGGAUUCCAGACUGGAACCUCCCCCCACCUAAGACAGGGCCUUAGAGGGGUGGGAUUGGUGUUCCUGUUACCCAGCUGAUCGUUUUGUAAAGUUUUCUGGCUUUUCCCUGUGGGAACACCUAGCAUUAAGUCCAUUUUGUUUUGUUUACUUAGCAUUUUAUGGCUGUGAAAAUAGAAGCAUUACACCUUUCCUCCUGGCUGCGCCUCUUUGGCAUUCAGGUCUGAAGCAUGCAGCAGGUAAAUCAUGUUUACUCCUGAGAAUUAUGUACUCCUUUCCAUUUCUCCAACAAGCAGGGCUCUUUAUAAGAGAGAAUAAAGCCUUGGUAUUUUCUUA